UGCUGCGCCGCUCCCUCGGCUGGCGGACCCGCGCGGGCGCCGGCUCGGGCUGCGGGAUGGCGGCGACCCCCGUGAGCCUGUUCUCCUCUGGGGGCGACCUGGACUCCAGCCAGUUGCAUAUGGAGCCCGAUGAGAUGGACACUCUGAAGGAGGGAGAGGACCCAGCUGACCGGAUGCACCCGUUUCUGGCCAUCUACGACCUGCAGCCUCUGAAAAUGCGCCCCUUGGUGUUCGCCCCUGGGGUUCCGGUCACGGCCCAAGUGGUGGGCACUGAAAGAUACACCAGUGGCUCCAAGGUGGGAACCUGCACCCUGUACUCUGUCCGCUUGACGCACGGCGCCUUUACCUGGACGACCAAGAAGAAGUUCCGGCAUUUUCAGGAGCUACACCGGGACCUCCUGAGACACAAAGUCUUGAUGAGUCUGCUUCCUCUGGCGCGCUUUGGUGUGGCCCACCCUCCAGCCCGGGAAGCAGCCGACAGAGAGAUACCCUCUCUACCGCGCGUGGGUCCUGAGGGCUCCAGCAGACAUGCAUCCAGCAAACAGAAGUACCUGGAGAAUUACCUUAACCGCCUCCUGACCAUGUCUUUCUACCGCAACUACCAUGCCAUGACAGAAUUCCUGGAAGUCAGCCGGCUGUCCUUUAUCCCAGACCUUGGCUCCAAAGGACUGGAGGGAGUGAUCCGGAAACGCUCCGGAGGCCACCGAGUCCCUGGCCUCACGUGCUGUGGCCGAGACCAAGUGUGUUACCGCUGGUCCAAGAGGUGGCUGGUGGUGAAGGACUCCUUCCUGCUGUACAUGUGCCUCGAGACGGGCGCCAUCUCCUUUGUUCAGCUCUUUGACCCUGGCUUCGAGGUGCGCGUGGGGAAAAGGAGCACAGAGGCCCGUUACGGGGUCAGGAUCGACACCUCCCACAGGUCCCUGAUUCUCAAGUGUGGCAGCUACCGGCAGGCACGGUGGUGGGGCCAGGAGAUCACGGAGCUGGCACAGGGCCCAGGCAGGGACUUCAUACAGCUGCACCGACAUGACAGCUACGCCCCGCCCCGGCCUGGGACCCUGGCCCGGUGGUUUGUGAAUGGGGCGGGUUACUUUGCCGCUGUGGCGGAUGCCAUCCUGAGAGCUCAAGAGGAGAUUUUCAUCACAGAUUGGUGGCUGAGUCCGGAAAUUUACCUGAAGCGUCCUGCCCAUUCGGAUGACUGGAGACUGGACAUUAUGCUCAAGAGGAAGGCGGAGGAGGGUGUCCGUGUGUCUGUCCUGUUGUUUAAGGAAGUGGAGUUGGCCUUGGGCAUUAACAGUGGCUAUAGCAAGAGAGCCCUAAUGCUGCUGCAUCACAACAUAAAGGUCAUGCGCCACCCAGACCAGGUGACCCUGUGGGCCCAUCAUGAGAAGCUCUUGGUUGUGGACCAAGUAGUGGCCUUCUUGGGGGGGCUGGACCUCGCCUAUGGCCGCUGGGAUGACCUGCACUACCGCCUGACUGACCUCGGGGACCCAUCCGGGCCAGCGGCCCCACAGCCUCCCCCCCCGGGCUCCGACUCUCCAGGCAGCCCAGACCUCUCACAAAAUCAAUUCUUCUGGCUGGGCAAAGACUACAGCAAUCUUAUCACGAAGGACUGGGUGCAGCUGGACCGGCCUUUUGAGGAUUUCAUUGACAGGGAGACCAUGCCCCGGAUGCCAUGGCGGGACGUCGGGGUGGCUGUGCAUGGUCUCCCCGCCCGGGACCUGGCCCGGCACUUCAUCCAACGCUGGAACUUCACCAAGAUGACCAAGGCCAAGUAUAAGACACCCAUGUACCCCUACCUGCUGCCCAAAUCCACCAGCACAGCAGACCAGCUCCCCUUCACGCUCCCCGGGGGUCAGUGCGCCACUGUGCAGGUCUUGCGGUCUGUGGACCGCUGGUCAGCAGGGACUUUGGAGAACUCUAUCCUCAACGCCUACCUGCACACCAUCAGGGAGAGCCAGCACUUUCUAUACAUCGAGAAUCAGUUCUUCAUUAGCUGCUCGGAUGGGCGGACCGUUCUCAACAAGGUGGGCGAUGAGAUUGUGGACAGAAUCCUGAAGGCCCACAAACAGGGGCAGUGCUUCCGAGUCUACGUGCUUUUGCCGCUGCUGCCGGGUUUCGAGGGUGACAUCACUACAGGUGGUGGGAACUCUAUCCAGGCCAUUCUGCACUUCACCUACAGGACCCUGUGCCGUGGGGAGUACUCGAUCCUACAUCGCCUCAAAGCAGCCAUGGGGACAGCGUGGCGGGACUAUAUGUCCAUCUGUGGGCUGCGCACCCACGGAGAGCUGGGCGGGCACCCGGUCUCAGAGCUCAUCUAUAUCCACAGCAAGAUGCUCAUUGCAGAUGACCGGACAGUCAUCAUUGGUCAGUCCCGGAUCGGGACCCCUGGCAGCAAGAGAAGGCGGGGAGGUUCUGCGAACAUCAAUGACCGUAGCUUGCUGGGCAAGCGGGACAGUGAGCUAGCCGUGCUGAUCCAGGACACAGAGAUGGAGCCCUCCCUCAUGGAUGGCAGGGAUUAUCAGGCGGGCAGGUUUGCCUUGAGUUUGCGGAAGCAUUGCUUCAGUGUGAUUCUUGGGGCAGAUGCCCGGCCGGAUCUGGACCUCCGAGACCCUGUCUGUGAUGACUUUUUCCAGCUGUGGCAAGACACAGCGGAGAACAAUGCCAAUAUCUAUGAGCAGAUCUUCCGUUGCCUGCCAUCCAACGCCACCCGCUCCCUGCGGGCACUCCGGGAAUACGUGGCCGCAGAGCCCCUGGCCACGGUCAGCCCACCUCUGGCCAGGUCUGAGCUCACCCAGGUCCAGGGUCACCUGGUCCACUUUCCCCUCAAGUUCCUGGAGGAAGAGAAUUUGCUGCCGCCCCUGGGGAGCAAGGAAGGCGUGAUGCCCCUCGAAGUGUGGACAUAGCGGUGGCUCCAGCCCGGGACGGCAUACCAGCCGCCUCGGGCACCACUGAGGCCGGGUCCCUGCCCCCAACCCUAAGGACGGAGGGCAGUGCCCUCUGGGACCCGGGGCAGGCAGGCAUGCCUGAGGGGACUAGAGAAGUCACCGCAGCGGACCCUCCCUUGAGAAGGAGCCCAAAGAGGAUGCUCCAGACCCUGGGCUGGGGAGGCAGGAGACAGUCCUGGAGAAGUUCCUCCUCCCCACUGCCCACUUGAAACCACUGCACUGGGGGAGAAGCAAACCUCCUGCCCGUCUGCAAGCCUGGGAAAGUCUGUCCCUGCAGGAGAGACCAGCUCUGUCCUGGGCCUUCCCAGCUCCCCCUUUACCUCCAACUGCCCUUGAACCCCUCCCACCCCAUGGCCUCUCUGGGCUCAUCACAGCCAAGGUGGAGGGAAGGAUGAAGCCUCUCCCGGCUUCAGCCCCCACGGCAGGGAGGGUGGGGUGGGAGGCGCACACUAACUUUCUCCCCCUGCCUACAGAUAGACACUAGCUUUGUAUCCGUUCAAGAAGCAUUUCAUAAAUAAAGGCAUAGAAGAGGUCCCUGCCUCUCCCUUGGCCAAA